GAGCACGACACGACUCGAGCUCUAUCUCUGUCUCUCUCUGUUCCUCUGCAUCAACCACAUCCAAUCCUACAAACAACCCAAAGACCACAACAGCAUCUUACCGCAAAGAUGAUCACUGGACCUCUCAGCCGCCGUCUUCUGGCCCAGCAGCCUCGCGUCCUCAGCCAGCGCCCCAUCGCAAGAGUUAUCAGCAGACCUCUAUCAUACACAUACCAGCUGCAAGCGCGCAAGGAUGCUCAAGACAAGGACUCACUCAAGCCGGAACCUAAUGAGUACAGCAAGAGUGGCUCCGACGAUGAGGCCGCCCGCGUUGAGGAUACUGCUUUCAACCCAAACAAGACAACACCUGAGGAGCAACACGACUCUGCCGAGAGCGAGUCCGGAAAGGUGAGGAUCCUGCGUCUCUACGAUUGACUUGAGCUGCUAUGUUACUGCGCUGGCAACGGGGCAGACUGGCCACAAGGCACGAAAGAAAAACCGAAGCUAACCACUCGUAAGCUUGGACAGGCAUCAAACCCUCUGAACGUCAGCCCUGCAAACCAGGAAGUCAGCAAGCCCAGAGGGGCUACAGAGGGUGGACACGAGGGCUCGGCUGCUUCGUCGAGCGACAGCCCCAGCGA